AUGGUCAGUCUACAACGAGCGCGUCAAGUGAAUAAGUCCGUGCGUGGGCGACGCUCGAAGUUUGUGGCAGUAUUUGUAGGUGGCACCAGUGGUAUUGGCGAAGCAACAGCGAAACAGUUAGCGAAGACAAUUGAGUCUCCCACGAUCUACCUCGUCGGUCGCGACGGAUCAGCCGGUUCGCGGAUAAUACAAGAGCUUAAUACGUUGAACCCCCAUGGAACAUUCGAAUUCAUUAAGUCAGAUGUAUCACUCCUCCGCGAAGUUGAUGCCACCUGUCAAGCGAUUAAAAGCAAAGAGCGCAUGGUGGACCUGUUAUUCAUGACACCGGGCCACUUAGCGGCGCGAAAAAAUGAUACAGUGGAAGGGCUCGACAACAACCACGUGCUCCGCUACUAUGCCCGAAUGCGAUUCAUCUACAACCUCCUCCCUCAACUAGAAGCUGCGGAGUUUCCUGCCAGAGUAGUCAGUGUGCUAGCGGCAGGGAGAGAGGGUGAAAUCGAUGAAAGCAACUUUGAUCUCCAGGUCUCGUUCUCCUUUGGCACUGCGGCGACGUACGGGGCGACCAUGAACUCAUUGGCGAUGGAAUAUCUGGCAGCCAAACACCCUUCUGUCACUUUCAUUCACAUAUUUCCCGGAGCUGUACAGACACCCUUGAUGAAGUCGAGCUUUGGAUACAUACUAGGGUCGAUGAUUGGCCUUGUGACCAAGCUGAUGUCGAUAUCGGAGAAGGAGAGCGGGGAGCGCAAUGUCUUCAUUGCCACAUCCACUGCUUAUCCGCCCGCAAUUAGCGCGAGAGAAAUGUCAGCUGAUGGUGUUGGGGUCGCAGUAGCAUCGACAGGCAAAACUGGUGGUGGCUCGUAUCUGCUUAAUUAUGACGGAAAGGACGUGACGAACCAGACGUUGAUGAGGAACUAUCGCGAUAGGGAGUACUUGACAAAGCUAUGGGAUCACACAUUAGACAUAUUUCAGAGGGUCCUUGGAUCCACUACUUGA